AUGAGCCACUUGGAUCCGCUUCCGAAAACUCACGCCGUCGGGAGCUAACCUCCCACAGGAGAAAAACCAAUCCGAGGCAAAGGCCAGCCUCAGUCUCAAACCGUUGGUAACGGAGUCAAGGAAGAAGAAGAAGAAGAAACAGCAGCAGCAGAACAAAUACUCCCCAUAUCGUCUUCUUCUUCUUUCUGAAAAUCCUUCAAGUUCUUCACAGAACGCCUCCAAUGGCACUUGUAAUCGCGUGCGGAGAGUCGUCGCCGUCCCACAUUGCCCUUCUGAGAUGUUUGAAUCGAACCCUCGACUCCAUCAAGCACAACAUUGCUCGCAUUUUUGUCAACAUUUUGUGCUGCCAAGCUGACUCUGAUGCCAACGCCAGGGGUAAGGAUGUACUUCCAACUACUUUUGAGGAUUUCAUGAAAAAUUGGAAUGAGAAUUACCAUUUGAGUGCUCAACAUUGGUUUUCAAAGAAAAAUAAUUCCGAUGGUGAACAAGAUCCACAUGCAGUUUUCAAUGCGUUGGAUGCAAUGUUGAAGGACAGUUUGGAACGUCUGAAAACAAUGAGGGAAAGCAUAUCAAUGACAGAGAUAGGCUUUAUAAGUUGCACUUCGAAAGUUAACUGCAUGGAUCAUGUGGGCAUCAUAAGGGUUUUAUGCAUGGAUGGUAAGUUGGGAACAGCUUUUUGGCUUCGGAGAAAAAUGAUAAAGAAAGGCUUUGUUCCUGAUGUUUUGACACACAAUUAUCUUCUAAACAGACUAUGUAAAACUGGUGACUUGGAGAAGGCAGAUUGGCUUAUUAGAGAGAUGUUAGAAAUUGGCCCUUCUCCCAACUGCGCCACAUACAACACGUUUAUUAAGGGUUAUUGCCUUAUUGAUGAUGUGGACAAAGCUCUUUAUCUUUUCUCCACGAUGAUUAACAGUGGUAUUAGUCCGAAUAGAGUCACUUGCAACAUACUUGUACAUGCAUUGUGCAAGAAAGGUCUUAUGGAGAAUGCAAAGAAGCUUCUUAACAAGAUAUUGGGUGUUUAUAAUGACAAGACAGCAUUAGAUCUAAUCACCUCAACUACACUUAUGGAUGGUUAUCUUAAAAACGGGAAUACAGUUCAGGCACUUCGUAUUUGGGAUGACAUGGUUCAAAUGAAUACCCAAAUAGAUGUCGUUGCUUAUAAUGUUCUCAUCCAUGGAUUUUGUUUGAGUCGAGACAUGAACCUUGCUUACGGUUCCUUUUGUGAAAUGAUCAAAAGAGGAUUACUUCCUAAUGUUAUUACUUUUAAUACACUUAUAAGUGGCCUUUGCAAAGAAGGAAAAUUAGAGGAGGCUUGCUACGUCCAUGAAACUAUGUCAAAAAUGGGAGUUAUUCCAGAUCAAAUUUCAUACAAAAUAAUCAUUCAGGGCCUGUGUAUUAAAGGAGAUGUUUUCAGAGCUAACAAGUUUCUUCUUUGUAUGCUAGAGAAGUCAAUGGUGCCUGAGCCUCUACUAUGGAAUUGUAUUAUCAAUUGUUAUGGAAGAUAUGGGGAUCUUAGUACUGCACUCUCGGUCAAGGAUCGUAUGUUAGCUUCUGGUGUUCAACCAAAUGUGUAUACUUACAAUGCGUUGAUCCACGCACAAGUAAAAGGAGGAAACAUUGAUCGUGGUCUUGUUCUCAAAAAGGAAAUGCUUAUGUCUGGUCUUUGUCCUGAUGUGGUCACUUAUAAUUUGUUGAUAGGUGCUGCUUGUAAGUUAGGGCACAUUUAUUUUGCAUUCCGGUUACAUGAUGAAAUGCUGAGAAUAGGAUUUGAUCCAGAUAUAUUUACCUAUGCUGCACUAAUCAGAGGGCACUGCAUGAGAGGAAACAUGAAGGAGGCAGAAGAGCUUUUUACAAAGAUGCGGGAAUCUGGUUUACACAUUGAUCAUGUUCCAUAUCAGAUGCUUUUCAAGAAGUAAUGCAAAAUUAAGGAGCCUGACAUGGCAUUUGGUGUUUACCAGAAGUGGCUGAGAAGGGGAAGUGAGUUGUCCUCGUCAGUAAAUUCAGACUACGUGUAGAGCAUGUUCGAACAUUGUCAUUUUGGCAUGCAAGUCAAAAUACUUGGAUUAAAGUCCAUAGAAUCCAUUCUGAUUGGCAGUUUUCUGCUUGUGGCAAACUUGAACCCUUUAUAUGCUUUUAAGGAAGGAUCAAGCAGUUGACAGGUGGCCUUCAGUCUUUGGAUUGAUGAUCCUGCUCCUUAAACUGUGAUCAGAUCUGAUCAUUCCUUUCAUGGAAGCAGAAUCCUUUCAUAUACUUGUGAAGAUUGGAUGGGGGGCAUUGGGCCCAACAUCCUACAUAUUUGACCACCAUUUUAAGGAACAAAUCCUGACGUGACGGAGUAUAUUCAGCAGGACUUUGCCAAGCAUGCUUCACCUAUAGUUGUUCAGAUGUUUAUACCGCUAUACAGCAGAGAUGAUACGGGAUUGAUUGCAUAUAUGCACGCUCCACAUGUCUUUCAUUUUCAAUUCAUCAUGAUUCAACAUGUAAUUCCUCCAGUUUCGGAGGAUUUAGAUUCCAUAGAAUCCCUUCUGAUAAUGGCAGUUUUCUGCUUGUGAAAGAAAUUUGCAGGCUGGAAAGUUACCGCAAAGUAUUAAA